UUUUGAACGAGGAAUAAAUCACACACUCCGUCAUUGGCAAACUGCACAAAAUCCAGGCAUCAUUUUCAUGUAGUUUUUUCAAAUCGCAUAUUACAAAAGCAGAAAAUAAAAACACUCAAUAUAACAAGAAGUUGCUAUAUAACACCAAGAUGUCCAGAAUAUUGUCUAAAAUCGGAAAGAUUGGUAGAAGAGCAAUGAAACGUGAAAUGUUAACUUCACAUGUUAGUGGACUCUCUAUACUAUCGGAAGACAUCUUAAAGACAGAUGUGGAAGACUGGAAAAAUGAGACAGUUGUGUUCGCAUGGCAAGGUGAAGACCACAGGCCAUUGAAAAAGGCACUUGAAAUCAAGGAGGGGUCAACAAUAUUCAGCAUAGCAUCUUCAGGUUACAACCCUUCAAUGCUGCUUCUAGAAAACCCAGCCAAGAUUGUCAUGGUUGAUAACAACCCGAGCCAGAUUGCCUGGUGUAUGCUUUACUUCAGCGCCAUCAAGAAUCUUACGUAUGAAGAGUUUCGAAGUCUUAUUGGAUUCGGUAAAGGGGGCACAACCACCUCCGAUGAAAGGGGGAGAAUUUAUGACAGUCUGAGAGGUUCACUGCCGAGUAAAGCAUUAGUCUACUGGGACUUCCAUCGUGAGACAAUGAGUAAGUCGGGAAUGUACUUGUUUGCAACCUGCCUGCGUCUUUGGGGUUUGGAAAAAUUUGCACCCAUAGCUCAUAGCCAAGAAACUUUGGACAAGUUUUUAAGUUUUGCGGAUAUUGGCCAGCAGCGUGUUUUCUAUGAGGAACAAUGGGAUACAUGGCGUUGGCGAAGAGCCUUCAUUUUAGCACAUCUGAAUAUUUCACCAACUAUAUUUCGCCCAUUUAUGGAUCUAUUGCCAGAUCUUGCCCCAAGGUGGUUGAAUCGCUUCCGAGAAAUUUGCACGAGUGUUCCAAAUAUGGACAAUCCCCACAUUGAGAUAUUCCUAACUAACAAAAUCUCGGGAAAAUACAGUUUACCAGAUUUCUGGAAACGAGAAUAUUUCGCCCCAAUUCGUGAUCGACUUGAUAGGUUUGAGCUAAUCCACGUUGAUGCAAAUGAAUACUUCGAACGUACAUCUGAGAAGUUUGAUGGCUUUGUUCUAUCAAAUGUAGGAGAUGCGUACAGCAAAGGAGAACACGACCAAUGGGUUACUAGAGCCAUUAAACGUGGAAAGCCUGGAAGUAGGAUCACGUACCUCUCUGUUGCAGGAACAGACAAAGGAUGGCCUGAUGCUGAAAAGGACAGCAUUCAGGUUGAGCAAGAGCUGUCUGAUAGCCUGGUGAUACAAGGAGUAGAAAGAGGUAUUCUCUGGGAUGAUUUGCACAUUGCUACGCUCAAAAAUUAA